UCCCAUUUGGCAGAAAUUUCCGAGAGCUCUCGGUUUAUCUUUCUGCCUGGCACCUGGGCCGUUCGCCCCCCUUUAGGAUUUUCAGGGGGUGACCAGCACCCCUCGGUGGAGAGUAUCGGGAGAGGAAACCGUCGCGUACGUUAACGUGCAGAAACAGGUAAGGAGCAAACGUGUUCGGAAGCAAGGAUCUUCCCGUCUCGUCUCGUGAUCUCUUUUCUCCCUCGGCGAUAGGGGGAAAAGAUGACAGAGAAGGGGAGCGGAAGGAUGUCUGAAAAGGAACGUUGCGCCGAACCGUUUUCCCAGGGGGCCUCCCCUGAAGGGCCCCCAUCAACCACCACGUGCAACGAAGGGCCUAGCGAGUAUAUAAGGGCCCGCUCGGCCUGCAAUGACCUCAGAGCGUCACGGUCAACGUUGAGGAGAGGAGGUCUCGGCUUCUUCGACCGUUCGACCGUCCCGGUCACGGUCGAGGAGGAUCCGGUGGAGCGAAGAAGAGAGGAGACGAGAGGAAGUAGGCUGCCGUCAUCUAAUCGGCGAUCGCCAUCAUUUUUCUGUCGCAGAUCCGAUCGGAGCGUCUACCACCCACGAUGGUCUCACCACUCGGACGGCCCGGGAAAACGAGGCAGCAGCAAUCAAGGGCAAUCAGGGCAUCAAUCAUGGCAUCAACCAGUCGACGGGACGGCGCGGGAGGAUCAAAAUCGGCGGGUGCAGCCGGAAUCCGACGUCAGGCGGAAGCCAGCUAUCCGGCGAGGAGCCGAAACGGGUACCGAAACGGAUAAGGAAUGUAUCCGGCGCGAUCUCGUUCUCCCCGAUGAUCGUGGGAGAUCGUCGGGGAUCAAGAGCGACGGUCGCAACGAUUCUUCAAUCAUCCACCAGGCAGUCUAUUAUGUUUAUUGCAUCUACGGGAUUUGUUGGAUUUCUCGCAAUUAUCGCGCAUCAUUGGUUGAAGUUAUCGCAUUUAUACAUUUUCGCAUACAAGAGGGGAAAACAGGCUUUCACGUGUCUACCCGGCGAGCCUGAGGAUAUUUUAAUUAUUUGACUUGCACAACACUCGAGAGCGCCUUCGAACGAGACUUCCUCGAGGCGUACACAAAACAACUCCGCGAAUUCUAGUAUCGUACGUACUUUCCGGCAUCAACCUCAAGACCAAAGGCAGCAAUGUUUUUUCGUUGGACCAAACCACCUUCCGUUCU